AUGGGGAAAAUUGGGGAUGUGCUUCAGAUGCUUGUCGGACUUUUUCCGUUGCGUGUCGGGAAUUUUCCGGGCCGUCUGACCUCCUCCAUCAACCUGAAUGAUGUCGCCUCCUUCAGCAAUAACCAAGCGCGUCUCGACAGCAAGACCAUCGUGAUAAACGGUGCCUCAUCCAGGGUUGGGAAGAGUGUGGCAAAGGAAUUCGCCCGGACGUCACCCGCUAAUCUAAAGCUGAUUCUCACCGUACGCCGGAUUGACAACCUUUGCGAGGUCGCCGCCGAGAUCCAGCAGCAAGUUGGCGAUGGGGUCAAAGUACUCCCCAUCCAGCUAGAUGUUAGUCAACCGCAGGAGACCGAACAAUUCGUCCCCUGGUUACCAGAGGAGUUUAAGGAUGUUGAUAUACUAGUUAACAAUGUGUGCGUUUUCUUGAUUCAUGACCCCUUGCAUGCCUGCGCGGCUUUCACUAUCAAAUUCUAUAUACGGCGGUCUUGCCAAUGGCAUGGCUCAAGCGCCUGA